GAAAAAAGCAAGUAUUCUAGGUGCGGACGCACCGACAAAGGUGUGCAUGCAAGUGGCAAUUACUUUGCGUGCUAUAUGCGGAAGCUGAAUGUCGAGCGCAAUACUCGAGCUCCUCCUCUCGGUUCUGAAAAGAGCAGUGAGAAGACGCAUCCUUCAUCCUCGUCAACAGCAAAGAACGCAGCUCCUUCUAGGAGUAGUGGUGGUAGUAGUUCUUCAACAAGUCGUGUCAGCACUCUGUCUCGUCCCGACCCACGGAUUAAGAUGCUGAAUGGUUGCUUGCCACCAGAUAUCAGGGUACUGCAAAUUUGGCCAGUUUCGGACACCUUCGACGCUCGCUUCUCCUGCUUGUAUCGCGUCUACCGCUAUUUUUUCGUCCAGCGCAAGCGAGAUUUGGACCGAAUGAAACGAGCAGCUGAGCUGUUAGUUGGUGAGCAUGAUUUCCGCAACUUCUGUCGCAUGGAUUUGGACCAAACUACGAAUUUCGUCCGAAGAAUUUUGUCGAUUUCUCUACGACGGGUGCCUGGACUGUCGAUUGGAGGUGGUGCGACUGGGACUUCAUCGGCAUCCUCAUGGAGUCCGACUAGGAGAGACGUCAAUAGUUUCUGUACUGAAGAAGGUACAGGAGGGCUUCAACAGUUGGGGAACCAAGAAGAAGACGUCAUUGAGGUGGAGAUCAAGGGCAUCAGUUUCCUGUGGCACCAGAUCCGAUACAUCAUGAGCGUCCUGUUCCUAGUGGGGGAAGGACGGGAAGACGUGGAAAUCGUCAAAGAGCUCUUGGACAUAGUGAAGCACCCUAGGAAGCCGAAUUACGAUUUAGCGGAUGAAGCGGGUUUGGUUCUCUACGACUGCUAUUUCGACGAAAUCAAGCAGGAGAAACAAAAGGUAGAGGUUGGCGAAGAUGAGAAGAGAGUAGCAAUUGCCGUAGAUGAAAACAAGGAAGCUGUACUAGCUGAAAAGCAAAAAAUACUAGUAGAGCCAGGGAAGGCUCCUGGACCUACAUCAACUUCCACAUCUUCGAACACUCCAGUUUCUUCAUCUGCUGUAGUCGUGGCCCCAGCGAUAUCUACAUCUACAUCAUCUUCAAGGACCUCCAGCUCCACGACUGGACCUCCUUUUACGCCUUCUACUUUCCUCUAUUCUCCGCAAGUUUGCCCUUCGUCCUCAUUUAGUCUGAAAGAGAUGCAGCUAGCAGCACGGCGCGACGCUGCGGUCCUCGCCUGCAUGGCUGAGGCGGCUGGCGCGGACUCAGAACACAACCUAGCUCUCGACCCCCGAAAAAGGUCCCAACCCCAGUUUGGUGGCGGAAACGGAUACACGAGGUUGCUGGACCGCUCAAAGGCGCCGUCAUUGGAGGAAAAACUAGCCUAUCACGAGAAAAAAGACAAACGGAAGCGGGAUUGCUCGAGCUUGGUGAACGAUCGUGACGAUGAAAGGCUAGCGAAAAUACAAAAACAUAUCCAAAAUAGUAGCUAGUAUUUGAAAAGUAAUUUGGAUAACAAGUUCGUUGAGCGAUCUUGAGAAGGAUCAAAAGAACACGAUCUCAAUUUCCAACAUAUUACGUAUCCAUAACACAUCUAUGUGGUAGUUUUUUCUGUACCUCAUAUCAUGACGCACGCGAACAUGGACAUUAUAUUUUAUGCAAUCCUGUAAUUGUUCUGACCUACCCACGCACGCCCACAGGCACCCAUCCCCCACGCACUAAUUGCAUUGAUACGUCCUCUACACCAUACGCUCAUACGCAUUGACACGUCCGCUACACGCACCAUGAUUUAUUGUUGUACAAAAAGUACACAUUAGCGACAUCGAGGCACUUCUUUUCUG